UCCCGCCUCCGGGACACUGGCGCGGGGCGGGGGCGGCUGAGCCUGCUGCCUCGGUUACAGGGGAGCAACACAGACGCCUCGGGUUGCAGGCGGGCCUGGCCCGGCCGCAGCGGGGCCGCCAUGGAGCGCUCCCUGCACCGCGUCUCCCUCGGGAGCCGGCGUGCCCACCCGGACUCGUCCUUCUACCUCACCACCUUUGGUCAGCUGAAGCUGUCAAUCGAUGCCCAGGACCGGGUUCUGCUGCUCCACAUUAUAGAAGGCAAAGGCCUGAUGAGCAGAGAGCCUGGCAUCUGUGAUCCCUACGUGAAGAUUUCUUUGAUCCCUGAAGAUAAUCGACUGCGUCGCCAGAAGACGCAGACCGUCCCAGACUGCAGAGAGCCGGUCUUCCGUGAGCACUUCUUCUUUCUCAUCCAAGAGGAAGAUGAACAGAAGCGCCUUCUGGUCACUGUGUGGAAUAGGGCGGGUGACUCCAGACAGCGUGGACUCAUUGGCUGCAUGAGCUUUGGGGUGAAGUCCCUCCUGACUCCGGACAAGGAAAUCAGCGGCUGGUACUACCUUCUGGGGGAAGACCUGGGCCGGACCAAGCACCUGAAGGUGGCCAGGCGGCGGCUGCGGGCCCUGAGAGACCCGCUGCUGAGAACGCCAGGAGGUGGGGACACUGAGAAUGGGGAGGAAUUCAAGAUCACCAUCCCGAGGGGGAAGGAUGGCUUUGGCUUCACCAUCUGCUGUGACUCUCCGGUUCGAGUCCAGGCUGUGGAUUCUGGAGGUCCAGCCGAGCGGGCAGGGCUGCAGCAGCUGGACACGGUGCUGCAGCUGAAUGAGAGGCCCGUGGAGCACUGGAAAUGCGUGGAGCUGGCCCAUGAGAUCCGGAACUGCUCCAGUGAGAUCAUCCUGCUCGUGUGGCGCAUGGUCCCCCAGGUCAAGCCGGGGCCAGACGGCGGGGUCCUGCGGCGGGCCUCCUGCAAGUCGACGCACGACCUCCAGUCCCCCCCCAAUAAGCGGGAGAAGAACUGCACCCACGGGGCCCAGGCGCGGCCUGAACAGCGCCACAGCUGCCACUUGGUGUGUGACAGUUCCGAGGGGCUGCUCCUCGGGGGCUGGGAGCGCUACACAGAGGUGGCCAAGCGCGGGGGCCAGCACACCCUGCCCGCGCUGUCCCGCGCCACCGCCUCCACUGACCCCAACUACAUCAUCCUGGCCCCACUGAACCCUGGGAGCCAGCUGCUGCGGCCUGUGUACCAGGAGGAUGCCAUCCCCGAAGAAUCAGGUAGUCCCAGUAAAGGGAAGUCCUACGCAGGCCUGGGGAAGAAGUCCCGGCUGAUGAAGACAGUGCAGACCAUGAAAGGCCACGGCAACUACCAGAACUGCCCGGUCAUGAGGCCGCACACCCCACACUCAAGCUAUGGCACCUACGUCACCCUGGCCCCCAAGGUCCUGGUGUUCCCGGUCUUUGUUCAGCCUUUAGAUCUCUGUAACCCUGCCCGGACUCUCCUGUUGUCUGAGGAGCUGCGGCUAUACGAGGGGAGGAACAAGGCUGUUGAGGUGACGCUCUUUGCCUACUCGGACCUGCUGCUCUUCACCAAGGAGGAUGAGCCGGGCCGCUGCAACGUCCUGAGGAACCCCCUCUACCUCCAGAGUGUGAAGCUACAGGAAGGUUCUUCAGAAGACCUGAAAUUCUGUGUGCUGUAUCUAGCAGAGAAGGCAGAGUGCUUAUUCACUUUGGAAGCGCACUCGCAGGAGCAGAAGAAGAGAGUGUGCUGGUGCCUGUCGGAGAACAUCGCUAAGCAGCAACAGCUGAUGGCUUCGCCCCCGGAGAGCAAGAUGUUUGAGCCAGAGGCAGAUGAGAAGCGAGAGAUGCCCUUGGAGGAAGGGAAGGGGCUGGGUGCUGAGGACCCCCCACCCAGCAAGGACCCCUCUCCAGGCCAGGAGCCUCCUUCAGGACAAGACUUGUCACCCAACAAGGACCCCUCUCCUGGCCAGGAAGCUUCUCCUGGCCAAGAGUCACCGUCCAGCAAAGACUCACCUUCCUGCAAGGAACCUCCUCCAGGCCCAGAGCCCCAGCCAAACAAGGACUCCCCACCAUGCCAGGAACCCCCUGCAGCCCCGGCCCUCCCUCCCUGCCAGGAACUUCCUCCUAGGCAAGAGCCCCCUCCCAGCCAAGACCUCCCUGUCAUCCAGGACACCCCUGCUCAGGAGCUUGCACCCUGUCAAGACCUGCCCCCCGGCCAGGUCCCCCAGCCAGCUAAGGAGACUGCAAGCUCUGGGGACCCCCCAGCAGCCACCAGGGACCCGCCUGUGGCCUCCAGGCCAACCUUUGUGAUCCCCGAGGUCCGGCUGGACAGUGCUUACAGCCAGAAGGCCGGGGCAGAGGGGGGCAGCCUGGCCGAUGAGGAGGACGAGGAAGAGGCUGAGGAGGGCGAGGAGGGAGAGGAAGAAGAGGAGGAGGACACGAGUGAUGACAACUAUGGAGAGCGCCGUGAGGCCAAGCGCAGCAGCAUGAUCGAGGCGGGCCAGGCUGAGGGCGGCCUCUCCCUGCGGGUGCAGAACUCCCUGCGGCGGCGGACACACAGCGAGGGAAGCCUGCUGCAGGAAGCCCGCGGGCCCUGCUUUGCCUCCGACACCACCUUGCACUGCUCGGAUGGGGAGGGCACCACGUCCGCCUGGGCCAUGCCUUCGCCCCGCACCCUCAAGAAGGAACUGGGCCGCAACGGUGGCUCCAUGCACCACCUUUCCCUCUUUUUCACGGGACACAGGAAGAUGAGUGGGGCUGACACGGCUGGGGAUGAUGAUGAAGCCUCUCGGAAGAGAAAGAGCAAAAACCUCUCCUCGGGCCUCUCCAGGUUCCUGUGGCAACUGUAGGCUCCUCUCACUCUGCAGCCAGGAGCAAUCCCGCCUUCUAGGGCAGGUAACAGGCAUCAAAAAUAGCCCUUUGGUCCAGGUAUCACCAAAGCUGCUGGGGUGUUGCUCCCAGGGGUACAGCAGUGGCAGGCCGUGGAGGGUGGGCAUCUGGGGAUGCUGGGGCUGUCCUGGGCCGGUCCUAACUCUAGCCUCCCUUCAGGGUGGGUGCUGCCUUUUGAAUGUCUGAAGCUCACAUUCUUAAAAGCUUCAUCGAGGACUCUUAGAAUCUGGGAUAACAAUAAAAAUAACUAAUCUUUAUUGUGCCAGGCACUGUUCUGUGCGCAUUCCAUAUAUUAUCUAAUUUAAUCUUUACCAUUGUUUUUAUUUUACAUUUCCUUUUUCUUCUUACAUACCCUAUUUGACCAAUGAGUAAACUGAAACAAAAAGAAGGUACUUGUCUCCAGUCCCACAGCAAGUGUGUGGCCGAGUGGGGAUCGGAUACCUGGUGUGCUGGCUCUAAUAUUAUAAAUAUAAAUACAUAUAUAUAUAUUUUUUUUUUUUUUUCUUCAGAGCCUGUUAUAUUGAAGCUCAGUGUAGAGUGUUCUGAAGGAGGUUCACAGCAGCCCUGCUGUGUAGCCUUUGAGCCCCUAGUGAUGAGAGUCCAUUCCCCAGAGGCCACCCAUUCCAUUUCUUCAUGGCUCUGACUGAAGGAAAAGUGCUCCUUUAGCUUCCUCUUGUGGGUCCCUGUUUUGCCUUCUGGACCCACGUGGGAACACUCGGGGCCCGUCUGAGCUCUGCCAUCCUGUCAGACAGACCACUACGUCCCAGGAAGUCAAAUGCUGGCACCCUAGUCACCCCUGGGGUGGCAUUCUGAGGGCCCCAGUCCUCACCCAGAAGACUGCCAAUCCCUGGACUCCUUGGCCUUAGUUCCUUGGCUUGGACUUUCUAGAGCAGGGUCCCCAUCCCUGGGCAGCUGCCGCAGACCCUCAGGACACAGUGGGCCGCCACUCCCUUCUCUCUCUCUCCUGAGCACUUCUGCCCCAGGCAAUGUGCUAAAACUUUAUGCGCAUUUUCUCCUUGCUUCUCACAACAACCCCAGCAGAUGGUAGGUACUAUUAUCAUCCCUGUUUGAUGGAUGGGAAAAUUUGACGUUCUGAGAGGUGAGCUGACUUGACCAAGAGCACACAGUUGGCAACUGCUGGAGCUGGGAUUUGAACCCAAGGCUGUGCGGUUGCAGAGCUUCACACUUAACCUCCACGGGGCACCGCCUCCCUCACCGACUCACCCAGGGUGUCCCGGGGGUCUUAAUGCCGCUUUAAGCUCCAGUAACUUCAGAAGUAUAAAUACUACAAACUUAACAAACACCCAUUUGAAAGUUGAAUCAUUUAAAUUUCUUCUACACUUCGUUAGCUUUGUGAUUUUGCCAACGCAUUUUUUAACUUUUGGUUUCAGUCAGCAUUUUUUUUAUCGUUGAUCAGCAGAACAGAGACCAAAACUUAAAAUUAAAAAAAAAAAAAAUGUAUCGUUCAAAAAUCACAACACUCAAUGUGCAUUAAAAAAUUACGUAAUUAAAAUUCCAAAUGACAUUUUGGGAAGUUUAUAGGACUUGUGCUCCUGAAGUUAUCCGAGCUUGAAACUGUACUCAGACUUGGGGGACAUCCUCUUGCACAUUCCUGGAUGCUUGUAUCCAAAGCCAGUGACUGAGGCCGAGGCCGGCUGCCAGGAGCUAUCCCGGAGGUGCCCAGGGUAGGGGGUCCAGCGACAGGGGGGGCAAACGUGAGCAUGGGGCAUUUAACCCCUUUCUUGCCAGCAGCUUUGGCCAGUCCCCAAAUCGGCUGCCUCCUGGGGGAGUGGCAAGGCUAAAAAUGCUUCCUGGCUAAAAAUAGCCAGGCCUGCCACCCUGGUGGGCAGAGCACUCCCCCCUCCCUCCCAGCAAUUUGCUGCCUUGUUUUCUCCUUCCCCCGGCGCUGCCACGGCAACGGGGAGGCCGGUCACAAAGAACUCGGUCGGGCCCUCGGGCCCCAGAGGCCGGCCCUUGCAGACACAUGCCCCUUUCACGGGCUCCCUCUCGGGGUUGGCCGGGAGGGAUUUUUUUUUUUUUUUUUUUCCGCUCCCUGUGCUGGUCCCUCCCAUUUCCUGGCUCCUCCUGUCUGAGUCCCAGCCCGGCCUGUGCCUGGGAGCCCCAGUCAUCCGGCUGGGAUCCCGGCGAACGAACACUUGGCUGCAGCCCGCGCCGCCCCGGGACGCAGGGAGGGGAAGAGGGAACCUGGGGGCUGCUCCCUGCAGACCGUCCCGGG